GGUGUGUGUGUGAUCCCUCAGUAUUAGCGGUUCUGCCACUUCGUCCAGGAGUGAGUGCCAUCCUCUCACCUCUUUGCCAAACGGACUUCUGCUCAUCCCUGCUGCUAGCUACCUGGUGUGUGUGUGAUGGCUCUGGGGUCGGAGUCGGAGGUGAUGUCGGUGCUGGCGCUGCUGGAGCGCGUGUCCGGGGUGCUGGAGGGAGUCCAGAGCAGCCAGGCGCGCAUGCAGGAACAACAGGUGGCGCUAGAGGGACAGGUGUCAGCCAUGCGCGACCAGGUGACGCAGCUGGGUUCUGAGCAUGCCCAGACGGCCGCCACGGUGCAGAAGCUGCUGGCGAAGUCGCGGCGCGUGAGCGCGCACGUCAAGGAGGUGAAGACGCGCGUGGACAAGCAGAACACCCGCGUCAGGAAGGUGGAGACGUCACAGGACGAGCUGCUGACACGCAACCGCUUCAGGGUCGUCAUCUUCCAGGGGGACACAGAGCUGCCUUCGGUGGCCGUCACCAAGACUCCCAAGGGGGCGGGGCUGGCCGGCGUGGAUACAGAACCUGACGAGUACGACCCCCCCGCUGACCUGUCGUCCGACGACGACUACCACACGGAGGAGGUGGAGUCAGGCACGCGGGGCGCCCGGCUGAGGGCGGGGCUUCGCGCCCGCAUGCUGGCCACACGCCAACGCACCCGCGAGAACCUCAGCAAGACCGGCGCCACGCUCAAGCAGGGAGGAGCCGCCCUGGGCGGCCGCGUCAAGGUCUUAGGCGACAAGGUGAUGCCCGAGGAGCGGCGCCAGCGUAUCCGCGACGGCGGCACCCGUCUGAAGCAGCAGGUGGCCCAGAAGGUACCAAAGCUGCGGCACGCGCCGCGCUCAGUGGCCGAGGGCGAGGAGGAGGAGCUGGAGGGGGGCGCUCACGCCGCCGUCACCCCGCCCAAGGGCCGCCGGCAGCAGCAGGAGGUCACCGAGGUCACCAGGUCGGGGCCCGUGACGGAGGCCGGCGCCACCAGCGUCCCGUUGGACGGCCCCGCCGCCGCCGCCGUGGAAACGGGCAAGAGCGAGGAGUGAUUACGACGGAACGGAGCGAUGAUGAUGAUGAUGAUGAUGAUGAUGAUGAUGAUGAUGAUGAUGAUGAUGAUGAUGGAAUUGUGGAAUUUGAGGAUGAAGGAUCGUCUACUACUGUACAGCUCUACAAAGACAAAGUGCAUUCACUACAGCCACAUUGAAACUGAGAAGGAGGCCUUCAAAACCUUGAUACUAAGUUGGAUAUUGUAGUUAACUGAAAAUUUGAUAUUGCAAUGUCCCUAAAAGGGGACACAUUUGAAUCGUACAGCGUUGUCAGAAGAUAAGGUGUAAUGAAGACCAUUUUCAGUCCAAACUCAAUUUUGACAAAAUAUGUAGUUACUGUACUUUGCCUUUGUAGGGCGGUAUACAGCCUUCGAUAUCGGGAGAGAGGAUGAAAGAGAUGGCGACAAAUCAUGGAGAGAUGUUUGGUUAAGAAUAAAAAGCAAUGUGGGUGAGAGAGACAGAAGAGGCUGCUUGUCUGCAGCAGUGAAGUAGAUUGUGUGUGUGAUUGUGACUGAGUUUUCAGGGUGAGAGAAAGAAGGCACUAAUAUGAGCAAGAUGAAAACACGAAAUGUAUGGUUAUUUUGUAUGUGUCUGUUUAUUAGUGAAACUACGUGAAACACUGUGUGUGUGUGUGUGUGUGUGUGUGUGUGUGUGUGUGUGUGUGUGUGUGUGUGUGUGUGUGUGUGUGUGUGUGUGUGCGCUCGCGCAUGUGUGUGCGUGUGUGUGUGUACAUGCCUGCAUGCGUGCAUGUGUGUAGGCAUGAAUGCUCAUGUGCAUAUCAGACGAAUGCACUCCUAUUUAGAUAACCCCCAUCUUCCUCCCCAUAUUAGCCCAAUCUGUCAGGCUGAGUGCGUUACAGCAGCAAUUCCCCAACGCCACAGCUAUCAAUCAAACCACCGUCUAUCUGAUGGCUUCCUGUCAAAGUGAUUCAGCACCGUAGCUACAGUGGCCAUCGCUCCUAAUAAGCGAAUUAAUGAUCCUCUCACUCAUGCCGCCCGCCUCCACCCCUCUUAGACACGCAACCAACUCCAACGUGUUUUAGGAGACACUGGGCCAGCUCCUGGCCUCGCCUGGGCCAAACUUGGCCUCUGUAUAGAAGACAAGAUGAGGGGAUGUGUAAAAGAUGAUGUACUGUAACAGGCACUGUGCCUUUUGAGAAGUGCAAUUAAAAAAAUAAGAUUAGAAUGGUGGCCUCCAUAAGGUUCUAUUUCGUGAUGUCAUACUGAUCAAUGGUCAAAGGUGAGAUUCUAGAUCAUUAGCUCUGGAGUUUUCAUUGAUUACGGCCAUUUUACGUAAGCACAAUUCAUUUUUUUAAAACUCAUUUUGAAACUGCAAUCUUGUUGCAAAAUCCCACACAUACGAGUCCAUCAAUCCAUAUUCACCUUGGCAUCCUUCUUUAUCUUCAGUUCACUGUCACUUUCACUGUCCCUCUUUCUGUUCCUCGUUUUAUUUUAUUUAUUUUAUUUUACACAUGGGGAGUGCCUCUUGAGAUGUGACAUCUCGUUUUCAAUAGGGUCCCCAAUACUACCUUGCUAUAUUCAAGACAGGGUAAUGGUGCUGUUUUUUACUUUGCUGGCCUUAAGCCCGAUUGGUGAGAUUUAAAUUUUAGAACUUAGUGUCAAAUCCCAACGAUAGUGUUAAGCCAGUAGGUUGCAAAGUUAUAGUCAACUGACAUAGUGUUUUAAAAUGGAAAGACGGAGAGAUUGCUAUGUAACCCUGUGUGCAAUACAUAUAAGUGUGUUAGAGGUUUUGCAAAUCACUGCGUGUACUAUUUUGCAAAGAGUGUGAUGCAAAAUAUGUGCGUUGAGUGGUGCCAACCAAAGCUGAUAUUUUUUGCUAUCUCAAAGUUUUCAAGAUUUCAUUACUUGUGACAAACUUUAUAUUUUAGUGUGUAAGCAAAAAUAAAAGCUGGAAUGUGGUUCGCGGAAAGUGUAAAAUCAUUCUGGAAUGGAAUAAAAUGGAAAGCUUGA